CCCCACCGAGAGCUCCUCGCCAGGCACAAUCCUUCAAAGGAGCCUGAGCUCAUUUCAUCAUCGUUGCCGCUUUUUGCACCGCCAAGCGUUAGAGGGCGCUAGAACCGCAGACCGUGCCUUGGCGCUCAAUGAAGGCCGCUCCCGACGCACAGGUCUUUACGUAAACGUUGGGGGCGGAGCCGCCCUGAGCGCGGUGACUGGCGGCGGCACUGGCGGCAGCUGGAGGCGUAAGAGUGCGGGUCGCGGGCUUGAAGAACUUCAGAGGUGGCGGUGGCGCCGGCGACGACGACGACAGCAGGAGCGGGCCCUGGGCUUGUCGCUCACCAUGCCGACCGUAGAAGAGCUUUAUCGCAACUAUGGCAUCCUAGCCGACGCUACGGAGCAAGUUGGGCAGCAUAAAGAUGCCUAUCAGGUGAUACUAGAUGGUGUGAAAGGUGGUACAAAGGAAAAGAGAUUAGCAGCUCAAUUUAUUCCAAAAUUCUUUAAGCAUUUUCCUGAAUUGGCUGACUCUGCUAUCAAUGCACAGUUAGACCUCUGUGAGGAUGAAGACGUAUCAAUUCGACGGCAAGCAAUUAAAGAGCUGCCUCAGUUUGCCACAGGAGAAAAUCUUCCCAGAGUGGCAGAUAUACUAACCCAACUUCUGCAGACAGAUGAUUCUGCGGAAUUUAAUUUAGUGAACAAUGCCCUGUUAAGUAUAUUUAAGAUGGAUGCAAAAGGGACGUUAGGUGGCUUGUUUAGCCAAAUACUUCAGGGAGAGGACAUUGUUAGAGAACGAGCAAUCAAAUUCCUUUCUACAAAACUUAAGACUUUACCAGAUGAGGUCUUAACAAAGGAAGUAGAGGAACUUAUACUAACUGAAUCCAAAAAGGUCCUAGAAGAUGUCACUGGUGAGGAAUUUGUCCUGUUCAUGAAGAUACUGUCUGGGUUAAAAAGCUUACAGACAGUGAGUGGAAGACAGCAACUCGUAGAGUUGGUGGCUGAACAGGCUGAUCUGGAACAAACCUUCAAUCCCUCAGAUCCCGACUGUGUGGACCGGCUCUUACAGUGCACUCGGCAGGCAGUCCCCCUCUUCUCUAAAAAUGUGCAUUCCACAAGGUUUGUGACUUACUUCUGUGAGCAGGUUCUCCCUAACCUCAGUUCCUUGACUACUCCAGUGGAAGGCCUUGAUAUCCAGUUGGAGGUAUUGAAACUAUUGGCAGAGAUGAGUUCAUUUUGUGGUGACAUGGAAAAGCUAGAAACAAAUUUAAGGAAACUGUUUGACAAGUUAUUGGAAUACAUGCCUCUCCCUCCAGAAGAAGCAGAAAACGGAGAGAAUGCUGGUAAUGAAGAACCCAAGCUACAGUUCAGUUAUGUGGAGUGUUUGUUGUACAGCUUCCACCAGUUGGGCCGAAAACUUCCAGAUUUCUUAACAGCCAAAUUGAAUGCAGAAAAGCUCAAAGAUUUCAAAAUUAGGCUGCAGUACUUUGCCCGGGGUCUGCAGGUUUAUAUCAGACAACUUCGCUUGGCUCUGCAGGGUAAAACAGGCGAGGCCUUAAAAACAGAAGAGAACAAGAUUAAAGUUGUUGCAUUGAAAAUAACAAAUAAUAUCAAUGUUUUAAUCAAGGAUCUCUUCCACAUUCCUCCUUCUUAUAAAAGCACUGUAACAUUAUCCUGGAAACCUGUGCAGAAGGUUGAAAUUGGGCAAAAGAGAGCCAAUGAAGAUACGACUUCUGGUUCACCACCCAAGAAAUCUCCAGCAGGACCAAAAAGGGAUGCCAGGCAGAUUUAUAAUCCUCCUAGUGGGAAAUAUAGCAGCAAUUUGAGCAACUUUAAUUAUGAGCAGAGAGGAGCCUUCAGGGGAAGUAGAGGUGGCCGAGGUUGGGGAGCACGAGGAAAUCGUAGUCGGGGAAGACUCUACUGAAUAAGACAUCACAUUCUUCAGCAUUGUCAUGAGCUUAAUAUACUUAAAUUCUACUACUCAUUGGAUUGCUGGGGAUGUCCCUUUAAAAGGACUGCUGCCUUCAGCUAAAAACUUAAUGUUCUUUAUACCUUUGUAUGUAUGAUCUACUUUUGUAACAGACCAUGGUUGUGUCCAAGGUAAAAACCACAGUGAUAUUUUUGAAUGCUUUGUUCACAAUCUUGACUUGUUUUUGCGAUAUCAUUAUUAUUCAAACUUCAUCUUGUGAAUCUUUUACUUUCAACAUCUUGGCAAUUUGUUACUGAAAGCUAUUCAAGUCUAAAAUGUAAUGAAAUUCUGUCCAUUUUUGGUAACUGGUAAAGAUGAUCAGUUGAAAGUUUAUGGAUUUCCUCUACCCUCUGUCAUGUUUUUUUUUUCUUUUGCCCAAUAUAUGGAGAAGAGUAAUGGUCAAUCUUAACAUUUUAUUUUCAUUGUUUUUUAAAUAAAGCUGCUAGGCAUUUCCUACCUAGUGUUAUAAAAGCAAAAUACUUAUCAGCUUUCUUAAAAUGUAGAAAUGACAUUACAUU